UUUGUGCAACUUGUGCCCUUUUCGAGUAAUCAUCGAUAAUAUCGUAAAGCUAUUAAUUAUUUCGAAAAUAUCGAAUUAGACCGUUGUUACGCAAUUCCAAACAUAUAUAAACAGAUACCGAAUACAAAAUAAUUUAGUGUAUCCUUAAUUGAUUUAUAGAAGAGUAAAUUAAAUACUUCGAAGAUGCUUAAACGCUUUUGUGUGUUGUUUAUAGCGCUUGCUGUAUUUGGUGAAUGUUCAGUAACAACCUUCCCAAAGACUCAUACACAACCAGAAUGGGAAGCCCACGUGAAAGACUUUAUAAAAUUGAUCGACGUUCAGAAAUUAAUGAGUAUUGCGGUUAACUACAUUUCCGAUCCAGAAGUUAUGAACUUCGUCGAGUUCCUGUUAAGUCCGGAAUUCAAGAAAAUAAUUUGGGAAAUAGAAAUCAUGCCAGAGUUCAGAGAAGCUUAUGGAUAUUUGAAAGUCAAGGGCUAUGAUUUUGGAUUCGCGUUCGACUUUAUUAAUAACGCUUUAAAUAUGCCGCCGUUUGAACCAAAAACACCAUUGAGGAAUAAAAAAGGAAUAUCUGGAGUGUUUGAAGAAAUGAUGGCUGCGUUGCCCUUUGAAGAAAUGAAAAAACUUUUCGAAGAUAAACUAGAGACGAGUACCGAAAUUUCCGAACUCUUCAAGAUUAUCAAUUCUGAAGAAUAUUUGUCAAUUAUAAAGAGGAUGUCCGCUAAUCAAGAGUUUAUUGAAAUUAAGAAUAUUUUAACAUUAUACGGAUUUAAAUUUGAUUAUAUAUGUUCGUUUGCUAAGGGUAUCUUCGGCGAAUAUUAUCAGGGUAUCUUUUGUGCUUAACAUUUUUCUAGCUUUCUUUUAAAAUGUAAUUUUAUUCUUUUAUGAAAUAUAUUAAUAAGAAUAGCA